UAUUGACCCCUGUGGGCAAGCUGUCAAAUCAGACUCAUUUUGAAAUUGGAAUAUUCUUGAGGAAACAUCGUCAAUCGCUAGGGAAAACAUUGCUGUGGCUGCUUGCUUGCGUUGCUAUGGAACAGUAAAUUCACAUCACCGUCAAGCAGCACAUCACGCUUCGGACAAAACAAAAAGUGCAUAUCAGAGGUUCUCGUUGCCGUUUGCAGCUUCUUACAGGUGUGUUACGUUUCGGUGCCCUACUACGGACUAGUGCAGCUCUAGUGGCAAACGUGACCGGGGGUUGGCAGCAGCACGUUGCUGUACGGGUCUGCAACGAUUUGAUUUGAUCAAGUGCAAGCGUGAAGAGGCCCUAUAAAGUACUGGCAGGCGGACACCGUAAGGAGAGGUUGCUAUGGGCAAAGCAUCACAGGUUGCUAUGGAUCACGAUAGCAGCAGUGAUCGCAUAACAGCCCGUGUUGGAUCGCGCACGAAGAAAGCGAAAAUUGUGUUCGACCCCUCCGACCAUCAUGUGCCACGAAAACGCAACCGUCGCGGCGAGAACGAGUCAACGGCAACGGGGACGGGGACACCCAAAGCAGAACCACCGCCAGCCCGGACAGCAGCAACACCGUUAUCAUCGUCUUCCAGCGAAGGUUCAAGCCACAGUAAUCAUUCGUCGGCCGCAACUGCACCGCCAGCGGGCAGCAGCCAACGCGGUACAACGGCAACGACGAUAUCGUGCCGUGUCUGUCAAAAAUGCGGACGCAGCGGGCCUGGACGGAUGCCACGAAAAUCACCCAUGACACCGUGGACAUGUGCUGGAUGUAUCGCUCCUAAAGCGGUUGGCAAAGCGGGGUCUGCGGACAGCAGCAAUCAAGGGCAGUCAAAAAUGCGGUCCAAAUCGAGCAGGGAUCGAACGCCCGAAGAGGAAGCAACCGGAGCAGAUGAAGCGAACGAUGAGGCGGAAGAGGAAGAGGAGGAGGAGGAGGAGGAGGAAGAAGAAGACAAUAAGCAACAGCAUGAUUUCGCCGGAUUCAGCGAAACGGAGCUCGGUGGCCAUGGGAAGGUGAGCGAUGUAACGGUGGACCAAACAUUGUAUGACCGCAACCCGCACGAGGACAGUGACGGUGCGCAGAUGAAAUCAAAAAAAACUGCAGCAAUUAAAAGAACCGACAGCCGCCACCACGAUGACGAGGGAGAGGAAUCGGUCAAAGAUGUACGGUACUGGUCCUGCGAUGAUGUGUGUAGAUUUUUCAGUCGGCACUGCAAAUCGUGGGGAGAUUUAUUUCACGAACAGGAAAUUGAUGGCGCAUCGUUACUGUUAAUGCGGAAGGGCGACGUACUAUCGAGAUUCGGUCUUAAAUUGGGCCCAGCCAUGGAGUUGUACCAGCGUAUCGUGGCGCUGCAAAACGGAGACCGAGAUAUAGUGGAUGUUCGAUUAACUUGGAUAUAAAUAACAACAGCCAAUGCAUGAUAACGAUGCAUAUGUUGGCCGUAUGUCUCGCAUUCAGUAUCAUCAAUCCGUGGGUGGGAACGCAUAUGUGCGGUAGAUGGGUUUGUCACUUACAUUACUAUGAGAUUGUUUAAAGAUCGUGCGAGUGGGCGAGUGAGAUGUUUACUUUAAGUUAUAGCCAAUACAGUUAAGGAUACAAUAAAUAGAAAAGAUAAUAUACCCUACUGGUCAACAGAAGAAAUCAGUGGAAGAACAUCUUUUCAAAUGGAUUGAAUUAUUUACGCGUGCUUCGAAUGGCAAGCUUUUUUCGGCCAGCUUUGCUCGCUUACCAGCAAAUAGUGGCAAUAUGUACACAAGGAUAGUUUUUAUUGGCAAAUACUUUAACAAAUGACAAUUUGAAUCUGGCGGACACUUAAAAUCAUAUAACCGGAUUUGCUAUUGCCAAUCUCGACAUUGCAUUCGGUCGUUACGAGCACCCGCAUUCCCCCCUCUUGUGCCAUAUUAAAAUUACAAUCAGGCAGGCUCUCUGGAACCAUUCUCAUCUCUCGAGAUCAUGCUUCUCUUCGAUUUUGGCGGGGUGGGAGGUUAAUAGCUUUACAACAUACACACAUUAUCUCCAGGCGUAAGAUUCUGCGCAGGUACCGCUCUUCUAUUUUUGCUAUCAAACUACCGUAACAGAUAAAACAUCCCGAAAAGCAGCCUGUGCAUAAUCCGUCGGUGUGAAAGUUUGCCACUACACAGGGACUGUUGUUGUAGCUUAUUUGGCUGCAAGCGUCGCAUCAUCGCUCAUACUUAACCUAGUAGGCCGAGUGAUUGCCCCGUUGGUGCCGAAAUAAUACGUCCCGCAGGAAUUGCAUUAAGCAUGGCAAGAAACGUGCCAAACCAACGCAAUAGUAGUGCAAUGAAAGAACGCCAGAACUGAACGUCGUUCCCUCUUGGCCAUCGGGGGAAUCAUUUGCCGUCAACCACCAUCUCCGCGGUGCUAUCCAACCCCAACCAUCAAGUGCGUGCCCCUGGAAAGGAAAGUGCGUGUGUCCCCUUUGCGCUGCAGCCCAAAAGUCUUGUCCCAAAAAGUAAACAAUCAAAAUGGCCGUCGGGAGAGUGGCUGGCACGGGAAACAUCGGGUACUCGUCGAACUACCGGACAGGGGGACGAUCGUACCACGGUGGAAUAAACGAGGAAAUCAUAUGGAUCAGCAUCGGGAUGGCAGUUACGAUCGCGAUACUCAUCACGCUAGCAUUAAUUUACCUGGCGUACGAAAAAUGCCAGAAACGUCGGCAACGCUACAUACAGGCGUGAGAAAUCUCAUACCAAUCAUGACCCAUCGCCCACAAACAAAUCCUCGAUAUGUGAACCGCACCGCAUGAUGUAACAACCGGUAACAAAAUGACCACCAGCUUUUCUUAAGCCGAGGAUGAGAUGCACACGGAAAACAACCGCAACCGGAAACACAUAGCAAUUCUCUACCACCACCACUAAUGGACCAAACUAAUUAAAAAGAUUGCCUCUCUAGGGAAGCACUUAAAUAAUGACAUAAGUAUAAGGACACACCAUUUAAAACGCAAGCUAGCAAAGAGGAAGACAGUAGUUAUUAUAAACCCCAAGGCGGGAAUGAUUAAAUCAAACGAAACCUUAAAUACCAAACACUUUUUAAAUGCUAUACAUACAUUUAUAUACUCAAACCAAAAUGGGAUUUAUUCGGUGAGCUCAAAUCCUCCCCCAAACCGAUGUAGCAGUAAACCUGCAUAGCAGCAGCAGCAACCGCCAGGAUCUUUCUUUGUGGUAUUACUACGGGACGUGAGAGCCCGUCAUUGUUACACGAUAUUAUAUGUACAUUUAUAUGCGUUUUAUCGUCAAGCAGAGCCUAACCGAGGGGAGGGAAAAGAGGGAGAGCCGACGCUAUACGCUAGCCACAAUAAGGACAAGGCAACCAAAACGCGAAACAUUAAAGCCAAAUUUACAAACAAAGCCUUUACCUGGUGGAACAAAAUCAAAGAGUUUAUUUCUACUGUUUUAUCCUUUUUCCUACCAUGGUGUAGACCAAUCGGAUGGGUGGAUGGGCUGGUUGGUUCUUGGCCGGUGCGAGCGUCCCAAAGCCUAGAGAAUGUACCACUCAAAUGUUAUUUCCUGCGUAUGUAUUUUAGGAGUUAAAGUAUAUAUAUAUAUAAUGUUCAAAAGCACACUCUACUCUAUCUCUGUCAAAUGUAUUUCACCCACAAAAACGUUGUUACAAAAGCAAAAGCAAAAAACGAGCACUCUCUUAAUGCGCGCCAUUGCGUAGGACAUUGAUAAGACAUUUAGUACACAGGUGUACUACAGACACAAACACACACGAAAACUGAAUUGAUUAGACACCAAAUUAGUAUUUCCCUGUCACCCCCCCCCCCCCCCCCCCCCCUACUCACUUUCGAUGUGGAACAAUUUUAGCUGCAGUGCGCUUUAUUUUAUAAAACAAUAUUUAAUAGCCCGAACGAAAAGAAAGGUAUGGCAGCCCAAUGUUUCAACAAUACAGGAAGAAAUGGAAAAAUAAAGCGAACGUAGAAAACUUCA